GUUGCGCGCAAGAAAACAACUGCGCCUCCUUUUCCUUCUCUUCCCCCAUACCAAGCUCUCAUCCUUUUAAUGGCCUCCAUGAACAAUUGGCUAGGUUUCUCUCCCUCCCCACAAGAGCUUCCCCCUUCGCAGGCUCAUCAGACCCACCCUUCUCCUGGCAUCAUCUCCGGCGGUGACGUCUCCACCGACCCAUCCUCUGUGACUCCCCUUGGCGUCCCAUCUCAGAGGCCAGAUGGAUCUUUCGGCAUCUUGGAAACCCUUGACGCACCCGAUCAUCAUCUCCAAGGUUGGAGCAUGAAGAGCAUAGGGUAUAAAGGAAGCGAUCAUGAGCUAUCGGUGUUGGUAGGAUCAAGUAGUAACCAGAACACCAUGGACGAGGAGGAGCAACCCAAGCUCGAAGACUACCUCGGUGGCCAUUCUUUUGCGCGAUAUGAUCGGAAGCUCCCGCCCAUCGCCGGAAAUUAUGCCGAUUCCGGUGGCUACAUGUUAUCCAAUGGCUGCAAUAACGGAGGGCUAAUGAGCAGCACUGACGGAUGCAACAGUAGCUCCAUCGGGUUAUCGAUGAUCAAGGCCUGGUUGCGGAACCAGCCGGCGCCACCAGCGCCGGUGGAAGGAAAUGGGAGUGACGCAGCCGGGUGCACCAACAUGAUCGCACAGAGCUUGUCACUGUCGAUGAGUACGGGGCGGCAAUCAAACUCCCCAUUGCCGCUCUCGGCAUCAGACACCAAUCACACGGAUGGUUGUGGUGGGAUGGGAAUCGAUGCACAGAGUCAUGGGGUAGAGACAGUGCCAAGGAAAUCCAUGGACAGCUUCGGGCAAAGGACUUCGAUUUACCGGGGGGUUACGAGGCAUAGAUGGACAGGUAGGUAUGAGGCUCAUCUAUGGGACAACAGCUGCAGAAGAGAAGGACAGUCUCGCAAGGGUAAACAAGUCUAUUUAGGCGGCUACGAUAAAGAAGAUAAGGCAGCUCGGGCUUAUGAUUUGGCUGCUCUCAAGUACUGGGGUGCUUCAACAACCACCAAUUUCCCCAUAAGCAACUACGAGAAGGAGGUGGAGGAGAUGAAGCACAUGACAAGGCAGGAAUACGUUGCCUCUCUAAGAAGGAAGAGCAGUGGAUUUUCUCGUGGUGCCUCCAUGUAUCGAGGAGUGACAAGACAUCAUCAGCAUGGAAGGUGGCAAGCUAGGAUAGGAAGGGUGGCUGGAAACAAGGAUCUCUACCUGGGAACCUUUAGCACUCAAGAGGAAGCUGCAGAGGCCUACGACAUUGCGGCAAUAAAGUUCCGAGGUGUCAAUGCCGUCACCAACUUUGACAUGAGCCGGUACGAUGUGAAAGCCAUUCUCAAGAGCAGCGCACUGCCGGUCGGUGGAGCUGCCAAGCGACUCGAUGAGAUCUCCGAUGACACAGAGGCAAGUGUUGAUGGCAGCAUGGCUUCCCACUUCACUGAGACGUUGGGCGGCUGGCCGACCAUUGCCUUCCGGCAGGGCCAUCCGCUGAGCUGCCACUAUCCUUAUGGUCAGCCAAGCGGCUGGUGCAAGCAAGAACAAGGAGCUAUGACUGCUGCUGCUGCUCGUAGGGUGCAGGACUUGCAGCAGUUCAAUUUGGGAAGCAACACCCAGACCUUCUUCCAACCAUCGAUGCACCAGAGAAUGAUGGUGCCCGAUGCAGUUAUCUACACCGGCAAUGCUGGUGGGAACUAUCAAAUGGAUGGCAUCACUGGUAGGAACAUGAUGCCUGUAAGCACAAUGGUGGGGAACCAAGGUCAAACUGAGGGGAAGCAAAUGGCUCAGGUCAAUGUGUUGGCCGCUGGUGAUCCUUAUGGUGGCAGGAACGUGUAUUACCUAUCACAGGAAGACAGUGGUCACGAACAAACCAAUGGGUCCAACAAUUGGAUGGCUUCUUGAGUGCAGGAAACGAUAUGGUCAGGGAAAAGGAAACAAGAUUCUCCUUAGUUCAUGAUUUUUGUCUUGUGUUCUUGCAUGGAUUUCCUUUGUGGUAGAAGGAAUGCUUAAUGCAACUUCUCCUGGCAUAGCUUGUAAGAAUUGGAGUUGCGAUCUUGUCUUGCUUGCUUCGCAAAUUCUUAUCGUAUCAUCUUACGUUUGCAUUCGG